ACAUUUGAGUCACAACGUUGUUGAGUCAUCUACUAGGACAUGAGUUGGAUGACCCGGUUCUGUUUACACGCGGACCCCUUAUCUGCAACAAAAAGGAGGACCUUGAUCGGAUAAAUAUACCAUCAGGGGCCAGAGGCUCUUCAUUCUCCAACUGGACAACACCACAACUGGUGUACCAAAGGCUAGUAACAUGGCUCCUUCCCUUUUGUCCACAGCCGCAGGCGUUCUUUUGCUGUUCUCCCUCUCCUCCGCACAAACGAGGGGAGACUAUUCCGAGGACUGCACACCAAGGGACGGAUUUGGCAAGUACUGCCCGACGACAUGUGGCGUGGCUGACUACCUCAACAGGUACAAGCCGGUGGUGGACAAGGACCUUGAUGAAAUGGAGGACAUCCUGGGUAGAAUAACCAACCUUACCACUGGGGCCACGGAGAAAGUCACCUACAUGAAGGAUUCGGCAACACAACAUCAGAAGUCUGGUGGAGACGUCCACUACAAAAGGUCAGCGAGCAUACUGGAUGAUGUCCUGCGCUUCGAGAAGACCAUCGUCUCCCAGGAGGAGCAAAUAUAUCAACUCCAGGGGAUGCUGGAAUCCAAUAAGAAGAGGAUGUUAGACCUCAAACAGAUGUCCAUUCAGCUGGAUCAGAAAUGCCAAGAUCCCUGCAAGGACACCGUGGAAAUCAAACCCAUUACAGGGAAAGAUUGCCAGGAUAUUGCCAACAAGGGGGCCAAAAGCAGCGGUCUGUACUACGUGAAGCCACUGAAGGCUAAGGAGCAGUUCCUGGUCUACUGCGAGAUCGACAGCUUCGGCCGCGGCUUUACCGUCCUGCAGCGGAGACGUGAUGGCAACGUGGACUUCAACAAGGACUGGAUCCAGUAUAAGGAGGGCUUCGGCUACCUGAGCCCAGAUGACACCACCGAGUUCUGGCUGGGCAAUGAGAAGAUGCACCUGCUUUCCACCCAGUCCUCCAUCCCAUACGUGUUGAGGAUCGAGCUCACCGACUGGCAGGGCAACAAGAAGCAUGCCGACUACGCCAUGUUCAAAGUGGGUCCGGAAGUCGACAUGUACCGUCUGACCUACGCUUACUACUUCGGCGGUGACGCGGGUGACGCGUUUGACGGCUUUGACUUCGGCGAUGACCCCAGCGACAAGUUCUACACGUCUCACAACGGCAUGCAGUUUAGUACCAGCGACAAGGACAACGACAAGUUCCAGGGCAACUGUGCUAAGCAGGACGGCUCCGGUUGGUGGAUGAACCGAUGCCACGCCGCCCACCUCAACGGGAAAUACUACCCGGGUGGGAAGUACACGGAGAAGGACGCCGGCGAGUCAGGCUACGACAAUGGCAUCAUCUGGGCCACGUGGCACAGCCGCUGGUACUCCUUGAAGGAGACUACCAUGAAGAUCAUCCCCACCAACAGGAUCACGGCGGGGGACGGACAGCAGACCGGAGGGGUCAAACAGUUUGGAGGCCUGGGAGACAACUAAAACACAUACUGUGUCCUGAGAAAGUUCAAGGAAGCUCGAACUUCCUUGAAUUUUGCCGGGCACAGAUUAAGCCAAGUCCUAAAACGCACAUGGAGAAUCUCUAUUAAACAUGUAGUCCAGGACUAACUUUAGGCCUAAUCUGUGUCUGGGGAAAAGGCCCUCUGUCUUGUAACUUCUUUUUAUUGGUUCGAUCAAUUUAGUUUUUUUGCCCUCUUGCCUAAAAUAUUGUCUAUGAUCAAAUCGCUGUUGUUGGACCUUGGAAGAUUGGUUCAACUUCUUCUAUUUAGCACCAUCUUAGAACAAACUUGAUCUACUGUCUAUGGAGAAUAAUUAGAUCUGGUUGGUUUAACCAGUGAAUAAAUGUUGUAUUUGUCUACAUGUAAGAUGUAUUUUGUGCUGGUUUUAGAUACCCCUGCAACGACUACAUGAUCUAAGACAGGGUUUGAACCUGGGUGGUCUGAAAGCCAUAAGACUGUGUAAGCCCUCUAAGCUAAAAGCCAAUACCUCAGGGAGAUAACACACGUCUUCAGGUCUCAGGCCAAGGUGCCGAAUCACCUCAAAUAGCAUUUAAAAAGACCAUGCCAAUUUCUUUAUUGUACUUUCCCUGAUAUCCAUUCCUGGUACCACUUGUAAUUGUUCUAAAUGUGAUAAAUGAUACCCACAUUUAUAUGAUAUACAUUUCAUUUAGAAAUCGAACAAGCAGUAUAUGAUGAAUUGCACAUAGGCAUCGGAUGAUAAAUGAAAUAACCAUGGAAGUUGGUGGCGGCAUUGAAAGGAUUUUAAAUAGAAGGCUCUGUGCUGGGAGGACCAAACUCAAUCAAUUCGUUCAACGAUUUUUAGAAGCUAUUCUGAUUCACUGCUAUUUUGAAGUUCUUGGAAAUCAUCUAUUGGAAGUUCUUUGAACCAAUAUUCAAAUGGCCUGGUUUGAAUUCUGAGAGGAUGUGUCAACGGGGAAACAAACUGACGCUAUUAGGUAGGAAUGUUAAGUAGGAAUUGACCGUAUUAAAGAGGGUAUGUGUGUUUUGCCCACCAAAUCCAGGGUCAUGUUCAGUAUGGACAAAACGUUCUGAGACAGAGUGAAACUAUUACAAAUCCUGUUAUGUCCUUUAUGCUGUUCUAUUACAAAAUAAAUACCUACCUGAACAUA